AUGGGCGCCUCGAGCUCGAAAGGCCCGCAGAUCACGAAGCAGGACCGUGCGGUGCUGGAUCUGAAAAUCCAGCGCGACCGCGUGCGGCAAUACCAGGUCAAGUUGCAACAUGUCCUCGACCAAGAGUAUGCGAUCGCGCGCGACGCCGUUGCGCGUGGCGACAAAAUGCGCGCCAAGGUCGCACUGCAGCGGCGUGCGUACCAACGCGGGCUCAUUGAAAAGACCGACCAGCAGCUCGCAACGCUCCAGGGGCUGGUGUCUACGAUCGAGUUUGCGCAGCUGGAGCAGAGCAUCAUGUAUGGCUUGGAGCAAGGCAACCAGGUCCUAAAAGAAAUUCACAAGGAGGUCAGCAUCGAGCGCGUAGAAGAGCUCAUGGACCGCACCGCCGAAGCGCAAGAUUACCAGCGGGAAAUCGACGAGCGGCUUGCUUCGCAGCUCACCGCCGACGAGCAGGAGGAGGUCGAGAACGAGCUGGCAGCACUCGCCGCCGAGGCCGCCAAGCCCACACGCACACUGCCAGAGGCGCCGACGACGCCCGCGAUGCCUGCGGCGCCGACUUCAGUGCCAACGGUUGCUUCUUCAGAGCAGAACGACGUAGCAGAGCUACAGGAAGCCUAA